AUGGGCUUCAACAUAGUUCUCGCCAGACACCGCUGGCUCGACGAUCUGGACCAUUCAGUCAUGGCAGAAGUGGGGGGUUUACUCAAGGGAAUGCAAAGCUUGGGACAGCAAAUAAUCUCCACCCAAAGGUUAUAUUUUGACGGGUCCCCUUCUACAAUUGAAAAGAGUACGGCACGCCUGCAUCUUAUGUACUACCAUGUCAGUACCAACCCUCCCAGAGCGAUCACUUCCCUCUGCAUUCCGGCUUGUUUCUUCCCAGACUUGAUGCGAAUGCAGGCUCAUUUGUAG